AUGCUCCUCCAGCGCGUUUUGCCCGAGCAUGCGCCUGACGAGACACCGCUCCCCAGGUACCGCCAGCCUGACAGCCCCCUGUGGACCGCCCAGGACGCCUUAAGCAAGCCCCCCGUAUUGAGGGGUAGGUACCUCCAGACGGAAGCUCCGCCCAGCCAGCUCAGCCCAAACGGCCCAAGUCAACGCACCGGCGGCCUUUUGCUUCGUUCCAGCGGUCUCCCAGUGGCUUCUCCUUUCAAUUAG